UUGUACAUUUUUCACAUCCCCAGCUGUACUGCAAGACGAACAACAAUAACAAAUAAACAAUUAGUGCGACAAAAUCAAGUGCGUGAAAGUGCGUGGACUUAAGGAAAACGCGGCAGCGGCAACGGCGAGUCCAAUGCUAUAUUUCACCAAACAAUUAAAUCGCCAGGAAAACGGAGUCAAUCAAGAACCCUCACACAAACACACACGCUAGCAGGAGACAACAAACACAGACGCAAGUUGUAGGAGCAGCAGCAGUAGCGAAGAAGAAGCACCAGAGCGACUGCUCCCCGAGGCGGUGAAGGUCACUCAACAAACGGCAGUAGCAGGUGGAGGAGACGGACCACACAUACAGCCCCUAAAUGGCCGAUGGAAAUGGGCUGCCAGCGGGUGCAGCAGCUUCCGGCGGCAUGGAGGUCGGCGGACAAACAGUAAAUGGACCCACGACGUCUUCCAGCCCCAAUCCCACCUCAAAUGUCGGUUCGGGCUCGGGUUCGGUGUCGGGGGCCAGUGGGAGUGCCAAUCAAGGAUACUAUCAAUUAAGCGUGACAAUCGAGGAGGCUUCUCUGCGAAACAAUGGCUUCCUGAAGCCGAAUCCCUAUGUGGAACUUUUGAUCGACAACAAGAGCAAGCGAAAGACGGACCUGGUUAAGAACAGCUAUCUGCCCAAGUGGAACGAGGAGUUUACAGUGCUGAUCACGCCGAACUCCACGCUACACUUCAAGGUGCUGGAUCAUUCCAGUUUCCGCAAAGAUGCCAUGCUGGGUGAACGUAGCAUCAACCUGGCACACAUCCUGCAGCACUACAAUGGGCGCUGCGAGUUCCUCGAACUGACCAUUGAUCUGUUCGUCACCAGCAAGUCGGAUAACCGGCAGACGAAGAGCGGUGAGCUAGUGGCCAUACUCAAUGGCCUUAAACUAGACAUGAGCAAGCUGCAAAUCCAGGGAGCGGCGGUCCAACAGAAUGGCAAUCCACCCGUCCAAGCGGUCAAUCCGGCAAUGGUCAGCGAUGCGGCCGCCGGUCGGAGCUGCAUGAUUUACGGAGGAGUGCGAGCACGGAUGCGACUCCAUUCGAGCGGCGUGAAUAGUAAUGGCGGAGAGAACCGCUCGCCCUUAGCUAAUGGAGGCACGGUUCCCAGAAGAAAUGCUCCAGAUCCCCCUGUGUGGGAACAGCAGCAAUCGCCGGCUCAGCCACAGCCCCUGAGAAUGGUUAAUGGCAGUGCUGCGGCGGCGGUGCCACAGACAGCAUCGUAUCCCCAACAGCCGCCAGCUCCUGCACUUGCACGUCCUCUAACUCAAGUCUAUGGAGCGCUACCGGAGAACAGCACGCCGGCUGCGGUUUAUUUGCCAGCCGGAGGACCGGCUGUGGCAGGAGCCGGAGUGGCCGGACCUCCAAUGGAGCAGCCUGUAGGAGGACUGCCGGUGAGCCAAAGCACGGAUCCGCAAUUGCAGCCUCAACCGGCGGACGAUGAGCCACUGCCCGCUGGCUGGGAGAUUCGUCUGGAUCAGUAUGGCCGGCGGUACUACGUAGAUCACAACACGCGUUCCACCUACUGGGAAAAGCCGACACCGCUGCCUCCUGGCUGGGAGAUAAGGAAGGAUGGACGGGGCCGUGUUUACUAUGUGGAUCACAACACCAGGAAGACCACCUGGCAGCGGCCAAACAGCGAGCGUCUAAUGCACUUCCAGCACUGGCAGGGCCAGAGGGCACAUGUGGUGUCUCAGGGAAAUCAGCGGUAUCUAUAUUCCCAGCAGCAACAGCAGCCAACGGCAGUGACCGCCCAGGUCACGCAGGACGAUGAGGAUGCACUGGGUCCGCUGCCCGAUGGCUGGGAGAAGAAGAUCCAGUCGGACAACAGGGUUUACUUCGUGAACCACAAGAAUCGAACUACGCAGUGGGAGGAUCCGCGCACCCAGGGUCAGGAGGUAAGUUUGAUCAACGAGGGACCUCUGCCGCCUGGCUGGGAAAUCCGUUACACAGCCGCCGGUGAGCGCUUCUUUGUGGAUCACAAUACGCGUCGAACCACCUUUGAGGAUCCACGGCCUGGAGCACCCAAGGGAGCAAAGGGUGUCUAUGGCGUGCCGCGUGCCUAUGAGCGCAGUUUCCGCUGGAAGCUGUCGCAGUUCCGGUAUCUGUGCCAGAGCAACGCUUUGCCGUCGCACAUCAAGAUCACGGUUACGCGUCAAACGUUGUUCGAGGACUCCUACCACCAGAUCAUGCGACUGCCCGCCUAUGAACUGCGGAGGCGCCUCUAUAUCAUUUUCCGCGGCGAGGAGGGCCUGGAUUAUGGCGGUGUGUCGCGUGAGUGGUUCUUCCUGCUCUCCCACGAGGUCCUGAAUCCCAUGUACUGCUUGUUUGAGUACGCGAACAAGAACAACUACAGCCUGCAGAUAAAUCCCGCCUCCUACGUGAAUCCCGAUCACCUGCAGUACUUCAAGUUCAUCGGACGCUUCAUCGCGAUGGCUCUGUACCAUGGCAGGUUCAUCUACAGUGGAUUCACCAUGCCCUUCUACAAGCGCAUGCUGAACAAAAAGCUGACCAUUAAGGACAUCGAGACGAUUGACCCGGAGUUUUACAACUCCCUCAUAUGGGUGAAGGACAACAAUAUCGAUGAGUGCGGCCUGGAGCUGUGGUUCAGUGUCGACUUUGAAGUGCUUGGUCAGAUCAUCCACCACGAGCUGAAGGAAAACGGCGAGAAGGAGCGCGUGACGGAAGAGAACAAGGAGGAAUACAUCACUCUGAUGACCGAGUGGCGAAUGACUCGUGGCAUUGAGCAACAAACCAAGACGUUUCUGGAGGGCUUCAAUGAGGUGGUACCCCUGGAGUGGCUCAAGUACUUUGAUGAGCGUGAGCUGGAGCUGAUUCUGUGCGGCAUGCAGGACGUGGACGUAGAGGACUGGCAGCGCAACACUAUCUACAGGCACUACAAUCGAAACUCAAAGCAGGUUGUUUGGUUCUGGCAGUUUGUACGCGAAACGGAUAACGAGAAACGGGCCCGCCUGUUGCAGUUUGUCACAGGAACGUGUCGCGUGCCGGUAGGCGGAUUCGCCGAGCUGAUGGGCUCCAACGGGCCGCAACGCUUCUGCAUCGAAAAGGUGGGCAAGGAGACGUGGCUGCCGCGCUCGCAUACCUGCUUCAAUCGGCUGGACCUGCCGCCGUACAAGAGUUACGAUCAGCUGGUGGAGAAGCUAACCUUUGCCAUCGAGGAGACUGAGGGCUUCUGCCAGGAAUGAGUGGCAGUCGAUUUGUGGUCGGUUUGUUGAUUAAUGUUUAAUUCCAGUUGAGCGCCUGCGUUACCGUCCCGUGUCCCCGUAACCCCGUGCCCCCUUACCCCAUUUUCCAUUUCCCCCAUUCGUCGACCAUAUGUUGCGUUAAAUAGUUACUGUUAUUAUUAUUAUAAAAUACGUAUAUAAAUUACUUACUACGUGUACACAAAACACACACACACACCUAUAUCUGUCUGUAUUCCUAUGUUCGCUAUACCACCUAAACUGUGUGUACGUACAACUAGGCCUUGAUUAAGUUUAGCGCCGUCAUAUCAAAUGUAGUGUUUACUUUAUAUCAGAGCUCUUGCAAGUGACAGUUGGCCAUUUAUUAUCGAAGUUCUUACCAAUAGUUCCCAAUAUGUGGAUCUCUGAGAGACUUUCGAACGUUUAAACCCACUUUAUGAUUUUCAUUUAAUGUUUGUGAAUGUAGUGCAAAGGGAAAAAGCUAACUUUUAUCAAAGUGUUUUAUUUUUGUCACCCCCCUUCGUAAUUUGUCAGUUGUAAUUUGUAUGUCUUUGUAGAUUCUUUAACCAUAAUUCUUCUCAAAAAUUCACUGAAAAGUUUCAUAAACAUUCCCAACUUUAAGAACAUUGUCGGUAUGGCGAUUUAUUCAAGGAAUAGUUUCGUAUACAAAAUCAAUUUGUAGGCAUGCAUCCCUCCGUUUUGGCUCGCUCACCGCAAUCGCAACCAAAUGUUAAGUUUUGCCAUAAGAUUGCACUCUGAUUGCUUCUAGUUCAAUUGUACAACGAGCUCUGGGCUUGCAAUGUUUUUAAACCACUUUAUUGGUGAAUUUAUAUUUAUAUUUAUACGCAUAUGCUCCCAUGUAAAUAGUUUACUCGACCGAAUUCAAAUUGUUAACGAACUGGGCUUGGUUUACUAGCAAACUGUUUUAAACUGUUCAAUUGUUUGUCUCGUAUACACAACAAAUUUAAAUGGAAACUAUAUAUUUUAACUAACACACGAACACAGACACAGGCAAUAUCCUGUGAGAACUUGAAACACCGCAAAACAAACAAAAUAUGAUGUUAGGUUUUAAACAGAUAAAACAAAAUGAUACACUUGAAUCAAUAAUAAAUUCAAAUAGCAAUAAUUGUUGUUAACAAAUCGAAGAGGUAGCAGCGAUGCAUCAGAUACCACAUAUAUGCUAUAUAUGCAGACUAAGACAAAUCGGAGGAUAGGGAGAGCGGCGUAUAUAGGGUUGAUGAUUGUGUACGAUUACAUAUUAAAUAUAUAUUAUAUAUUAAA